UAUUCUCCAGUCUUUGCUAUACAACCUGCUUCUCUAAACCGUCACAAUGGUCGAUGCAGCUUUCUACCAGGAGGACGUUGGAGAGGCCUACGUCUUUUCUGGUAGGCGUUACGCACGUGUCAAAUGGACUCCCUAUACCGCGGAAGAAAAGAUUACUUGGGGUCCAGCAAAGAUUUCCGAUAAUUGGCCAGCCAUUACUGCGGCAGGAUUUGGGACUGUUGAAGCCGUGCUUCCUAUCCCAGAUGUUCGAACCGAAUUCUACUUCUUCUUUGGUGGUCGUGUCGCCCGUGUUAAGUUUGCGCCGGGACAUAACGAUACCAUUACUGAAGGACCUCUCAAGAUCACCGACAAAUGGAAGAGUCUUUCCAGCGCUGGCUUCGAUACUAUCGACGCCGCAAUGUCUGUUCCGGGUCAAAAGAACGAGGCCUAUCUCUUUAAGGGAACAAAAUAUGUCAGGAUCGAUGUGCAGAACGACAAGAUCACCUAUGGUCCUGCAAACCUGGCUGAUGAAUGGCCGGGACUUACGAAGGCUGGGUUUGAUUCUGUCGAUGCUGUUAUCCCUGUGCCAAACGCUAAGGUCGACGGGGAGGCUUACUUUUUCAAGGGAUCGCAGUAUGCGAGAAUCCAGGUUGUCCGUAGUGCUGCGGACAAAUUGACUUGGGGACCAUAUCCGAUUGCGGAUUACUGGAAGACUCUCGACUGGAUCUAAGUGGCUCCUUUAUGCUGGUAGUGCGUGAAGAGGGAUGUGCUUGUCGGGUGGGGGAAUUAACAUGAGUGCGGCAAGGACUAGCCAGCUUAGUAUGAGCUUUAAGAGAAACAAGUCUUCA